AUGUCGAUGGAAGAUUUUUUGUUUGGGAGUGAUUUGGAGGACAGCGAAGACGAAGGAAAGUCAGCAAAAGAAAGCAAAAGAGCAGAGCGAGAUGCUGAGCUGAAUGAGCUGUUUGGUGAUUCACCCAGUGAAGGGGAAGACGAAGGUGAACCAGGCGCCGAGGCGUCUGAAUCAGACCAUGAAGAGCAAGCGGAGAGCGGCGAUGAAAAUGCGAAGGAAGGAACAAAUAUAGCGCAAGGAAAGAACGAGGAAGACGAGGAAGGAGACGAUGAUGAAAAUGAUGAUGAAAAUGAGGUGAGAACUGAAGGAUUUAUACAUGAGAGCUACCAGCUGUUUGCUAUAAAUACAUUGAUGUAUGACUCCUGCUAAAGUAUUAUGUAUAAACUUACAAGAAUUAUACCCUGCACAGUGAAACAAAAAAAUAUUGACAGUUCUGUUCCAAAGAAUUUCAGCGGGAGAUGGUGACAUGCUACAUCAAGGCUACGCUUUUGAGACUUGAUUUACUCUAAUCCUGGAUUGAAUGCAUUCAAAAAUAUCUGUUACCAUAUGCAUAGCACUUCAGGAUUAGUUUUAACCACGUCUUGAAUCUCUUAGCCCAGUGCAUCAGCUUAUUAUCAGCUUAUUAGUGAAGGGUGAGGUAUAUCGGGUGACUGAUUUACCCAUUCCUCCAUUCCCCCACAACCUCAAUUCAAUACCCACCAAGGCACCCCAAAGGGGAAGGUAACUGCCCUCCAUCUACAAUUUUUAGAACUUAGCCAAGCUAUUCUGAGUUAUUAAGGGAAAUAAGACAGGGGAAAAGAUUAAUCCUUUGACCCCAGAGAGUGAUUAGCAUCUAAUUUCUCCUUACAAUAUUACCCCUGAAUCACUUGGGUCACAAGAAUAAAGGAAAUGAUCACCAACUAAAGAAGCUCUUGAUUGUUAAACAAAUUCUCCUUGUCAGCACCUUAGGAAAUGUAUAGAGAACAGUGUGGAGAAUAUGCAUAUUGAUGUUAGGGUGUAAAUGAUGAAAGUGGCAGGGAUGUAGCAAAUGCAACAUAUAAAAACAAGUAUAAACCAUUGAAAGGAAGCAAGUCUUUAUUCUGAGAGAUUUUUAUGUUGUUUGGUGUGGCAUUUUUCACCUCUAAAGGUUUGAAGUAUGGUAAAUUACUCAAAAUUUUUCUGGAGCAGAGAUGUGAAUUGGUUUUGUUUUCAAAUUGGUGUUCAUAUUUUUUGCUCACAGAAAGAAGUGACAAAAUCCAAACUCCAGUCUCAAGUGUCUUCUGCAGAUUUAUUUGGGGAUGAUGAAGAGCUAUCGUCAGAUGAAGAAGAGGUCAGAAUUAUGUAACCAUGCUUAUAGUCUAAUAAAAAGCAUAUGCCAUAUGCUCUCCUGUAUGCACUCAAAUUGGGAAGCUGACGACCAAUCACAUUUUAGAAUUUUGCUACAGUCUUGAGUAGAAUUUUAAUUGUUUUUAGCAUGAAGAAAAAGAAGAAAGACUUGUAGAACAACAAGAAGAACAAGUUGAGGAUGGUGAAGAUAUCGAAGCUCGAGAUGCCAAUGAAAUUCCCCAUGAAGAAGAAGAGGAAGAAGAAACAAGAAUUGAUGUCACUAUUCCAUACUGUCAAUUCUCUCUGGGCUCUGAGUUGUAUUUUGUAAAGAUGCCAAACUUCUUGAGCAUUGAACACAAACCAUUUGACCCAGCUUUGUAUGAAGAUGAAAUGGAAGAAGAUGAGGUUUUAGAUGAAGAAGGAAGAGCCAGGCUGAAGCUUAAGGUAAUGUGCAUGUUGCUCUAUGUGAAAGAAAAUGUAAUUCCACAAGUAAAAGUGUAAGGGGUCUAUUUGAAUUUGUGUAAAAUCCUUUAGUUAGUUCACUCAGACAUACACUUUGAAGGGUGGAGUGUGAGACUUUGAAAAAAUUGGGGAUCAUGGAAAAUUUUUAUUUAUGAAAUCCUUUAGAUAUUGCGGUAAUUUUAAAAUAUUUUUCUUCUUUCCUUCAGGUUGAAAACACAAUCCGAUGGAGGUACAGAAAGGAUGAGGAGGGAAAUGAAAUUAAAGAAAGCAAUGCAAGAAUUGUUCGUUGGUCUGAUGGUACAACAUCAUUACUGCUGGGAGAAGUGUUUGAUGUUCACAAAAAUGAGAUUGAUGGCAACUGUAACCAUCUCUUUGUUCAGCAGGUCUGUGUUACAAUUCAAAGAAAGUUGUUAUAGGGGCCCCAUCCAAAAACUCUAAUAUUUACCCUCCCCCCCAUCCAAAAACUCUAAGAUUUACCCUCCCCCCCAUCCAAAAACUCUAAGAUUUACCCUCCCCCAUCCAAAAAAAAUUUACCCUCCCCCCAUCCAAAAACUCUAAGAUUUACCCUCCCCCCCAUCCAAAAACUCUAAGAUCUGUCCUCCCCUCUUCCCUCCCUGGUAACUUAACUUUUCCAAAAUUGGUCAGAGUACAGAGUUUGAACUCAGUAACUAAGAAGUUUUGUUUUCCUGUUGAUUUUAUUUCUCCAGGGGACUGGUCUCCAGGGCCAAGCGGUAUUUAAAGAGAAACUCACUUUCAGACCCCACUCUACAACCAGCCAGACUCACAGAAAAAUGACACUGUCUAUUGCCGACCGAGCAUCUAAAGCACAAAAGAUACGAAUACUCCCUGCAGCUGGCAUGGACCCUGAGGCACAGAGAUCAGAACUUAUCAAGGUAUGGACAUAAUAAAGGACUGUAGAUAAAAGAGAAUCAUAUAUUUAAACUGCUGAUAAAGAAAUGAAUAUGGAAGUGAUCUUGGCAGUAAUGAACACUAUUUAAGCAGUAGUGAACAGGAUUUGAACCCAUGACCUCUGUGAUACCAGUGCAGUGCUCUGCAUACUAAACUAACAAGCACACUGGGGGUUGGUCUUUAUUAAUUUUUUCAGACUACAACUGCUAAGUAGUGUUCAUAACUACGAAGAUUGCUUCCACAUUCAUUUCUUUAUCUACAGUUCACAUAUAUGAUUUUCAUAUAUUUACAGUCAUUUAUUCAUUACUUCACAGGUUUAUUUGAAACCAACAUAAUGACCAGCUCCUAGUUGGCUUGUUAGCUCAGUUAGUAGAGCACUGCACUGGUAUCACAGAGUUCAUGGGUUCAAAUCCCGUACAGGCCUGAAUUUUUUCUCAGGCCUUAUUUUCACCACUGUUCAAGUAGUGUUCAUCACUACGAAGAUUGCAACAAUAUUCAUUUAUGGACAUGUACAAUGUUUGAUCCUUAGGAUUAAAAAAUAAAUUAGUGAUGAGAAUUUCAUUUAAUCAAGUAAUUUGAAUAGAAAUGAGUAGAGGCUAGAGGGGAGAAAGAAUUGCCAUCUAGAUUAUUUUUUUGAUUUGUAGAAAGAGGAUGAGAGACUCAGAGCACUAUUACGUCGUGAAAAUCAGCAGCGCAGAAUCAAGGAGAGACAUCAAGCUAAAGGGCUGAGUGCCAGCUUUCUUGAACCUGAUCGAUAUGAAGAUGAUGGAGAAGAUUUGGAACAGAGUUUGCUGGCGAUAAAGAAAAAGUACAAGAAGAAAUUAGCUGAGGGUAAGGCACAAGAGAUUGAUGUGACCAAACUAUGCAAUCAAGGAAGGUUGCUUGUUAAAAAACUAAGCAUUUCAACAUGAUUUAACCUAUCAUUUUGACUCAUUCAAAUAGUUGCUGCUCUACUGACCAAGCUGUGUGGUUAAAUGAGGGCUAACUUGUCAAGUCAUUUAGCUAAAUCCUCUCUUGGGAAAUUUGAAAAUGUACUGAAGAUCAUUUCAUUUAAUACUGUUCUUUAGUUUGUUUUCAAUGUUAAAAAAAUGGUUUGUGUCCACUGAAAGCAGUGUGAUGCAAAAUCAGGCAGUGAAAAGGAAACAGUAAAACAUAGGUUGAAAAUACAGUUGAACCAUCCUGUAUUAAGCUGUUGCCCACAAGGAAUGGUGAGGUGACCACUUAAUACAAGUUGACUGCUUAAUAUACACGUAGGUUCCAAAGAUUAGGGUUAUCAUAAAGAACAAUAAAUAACACCUUUUUAUGUCAUAAUUGACCACUUUAUGUACAGAAUCUUGCUCAAAAAUUCUACUUACUCUGAUUUUGGGAGAGAAAUGUGAAUUAAAAAUUACUGGCAAGAUUAUCCUUAGUUUUGAAUGGCCCUGCUUUCAGUGACCAUUCAAUACAGCUGGUUGACAAUGAAAACAGGCUGUUGGGACAUAGUAAAGGGUGACUGGUGACCUCCUAAAAGACGUGAAAAUUUCAGUGAUUAAGGGGGAAGAAUUCAGCACUCGACAACCGAUGGCCAUACACAGGGUGACCACUUAAUACAGUGCCACUUAUUACAGGUUUGAGUGUAUUCCUCUACCAGUUUUAAAAAUUCCUCAUGGAUGUAAUACUUCAAUUAAUUUGAAGUGAAGUAUUAUUGUUUCUCUAAUGUGGUUACUUCUGAUGUGAUUUAGAGGUUUUGACAGCACUCUGAUAAUCAUUGUCUGGUGAAAAGGUUGACUGAUCACAAAUCAACUACCAUUUUGUUUAUUGUGGUGUUUUGUUAUCCAAAAUGUAAUUAUUACAUGAACUUCUCUGCCGCAGGAUUUCCAAGUGAGUCAGAUGAGGCAGAAGAAAGUGAUGAAGGAGCAGGAGGCUUAGAGAGUGAGGAGGAUGAGGAGGGAAAGGACAGAUUACUUAAUGCCAAGGAAGGUGAUGACAAUGACUUGGAGGGAAGAAAGAGGACAAGCAGUGAAGGAGGAGGAUCACAGAGGAAGAAGAAGAAAAGUAGACAGAUUGUAGAGAGUGAUGAAGACAGUGACUAGCUGUUGUGUUGGUUAAGGCUCACAAGGAAAGGAGAUGGAAAAGAAAGAAAUUUUAAAAAGUCGCAGACAGUUAUUCUCUGGUUUGCCCUCAGAUUUUUUAAAGUUGGACAAGAAAAUAUAUAGCAUAGUGUGAGAGGGAACUUGUAGCAGGAGUAAAAAGAAUCACCCUCCUCUCUCAUUUCCUCCUGCUUUUUGCUUGCCCUCUAGACAAAGAUCAGAGAGAAAAUUGAAAGUCUGUCUGUGAACAGAAUAGUGAUUUGAUGUCAUCUCAUCUAUCGUGGAAACCAUGAAAAGG